AUGGCGGCUCUUCUGCGGGAUAAAGCACCUCUGCCCACUCACCCAAAGUCUCCAGACGCUCAUGUCCGAGCAGUUCCUUCUUACACUGAUGACAUGGAGCAAAUGUACAGCCAGAUGCAACCGCUGUACGUGCACAUGACGCUACCUUCGGCUUUCAACCAACUCGAUGACCUGUCCCCUCGCCUAGUUCAUCUCCUGGUGGAUUUAGGCAUUAAAUCGCAUGACAUUGUGCCUUUAUGCUUCGAGAAAUCGGCAUGGGUCAUUGUCAGACUUCUUGGCGUAAUCAAGGCUGGUGCUGCCUUCGUCUUCAUUGACCCUUCCCAUCCUAAAAACGUCGACCAAAACUCUAUCACUAAGCUUCCGAUUCACGACCGAGCACUCUCAAUUAACGUUACACCAUCCAGUCUAUUAUACGUAAUCUUCACCUGUGAUACCGUUUCGCCAAAGGAAUGUCUUAUUGAGCAUUCGGAGUUUGGCAGUGGAUCAUUCCAGCACGCAGCCAAAGCCCGCAUACUCCCAUCAAGCCGAAUCCUACAGCUCGCAUCGUUCAUUCUUGAUGUGGGCAUACUCGAGAUCCCGACUUCCUUGAUCUCGGGUGUAUGUAUCUAUUAUCCGAGCACUCCAGCAAUGAUAUUGGGCCCUGCCCAUCUCAUCAACGACAUGGCAACAACAUGGGCAUUCCUGACUCAUUCCGUCGCCAAAAUGAUCAAACCAUCCAGUAUCCCAAACCUGAAGAUUUUGGCGUUGGGAGGCGAACCUCUUGCAAAGCGAACGCUCGAUAGAAGCAAGCAAUGCGACAUGAUGCCAGACACAGACCCGGCCGACAUUGGUUGGGCAGUCGGAGGACUUCGCUGGGUUUUGGAUGCCGAAGACCACGAUAAACUCGUCCCGAUAGGGGGUGUGGGUGAGCUCUUGAUCGAAGGGCCCAUCCUGGCUCGCGGAUACCCCAAGAACCAAGCGAGGAUUGAUGAAGUGUUCAUCGAGAGCCCGUUAUGGGGCCCAAGGACGGAUGCGGGAAAGGUCAGACGCCUGUACAAGACUGGCGACCUUGCGAAAUUCAACCCCAACCGAUCAAUCCACUUGGGUGGACGUAAAGGUACCCAAAUCAAACUGAAAGGCCUGUGCAUCGAGUUGGGCGAAAUUGAGCGCGGUAUCGCAAACCAUAAUCACGACAAUGCUCUGUAG